AUGUCGACCAUGGACAUUCAAAAUCCAAGAAGGGCCCUUGCAGUCAGCUUGCAGUCCGACCAAGAGCACCUCAGUCGCAUCAUCCAUGACAUUACGGGAUCCAAGCCCACACCCGCAAAUGAUUCCCUCGCAGGCAUCACGCACAACCUACCCCUCAAGACCAAGUACUACACCACCACGGUACCGAUAUGGCUAGACCUCAUCGAGUCGCCCUCGGCAUGGGCAUCGUCGUUCCUCUCCCCGGACGCCUCUGAAGUGCUUGCCGUCCUUGGCGGUCUCGUUCUCGUCUUUUCCAUUCCCGACAGCGGCGGCUCACCCGACGUGAAGCGGGAACUCAUCCAGCACGUUGGCAAGCUCGUCCAUGACGGUCUCGGGGGUUGGUCGUGGGACGGCGUGAAGCUCGCCGUCGGCGUAGGGAGUGCCUCCUCUUCGGAUGAUGUGGAUGAGUGGGAUGAGCUGUGCGCCGAGGCGGGGCUGGAGUUUGUGCAGGUGGGCGGCGGCGGCGACGAAAGCAAGCUGCAGCAGUUUGGCGAGAAAAUCGGCAUCCCGCGCGUAAAAGAGGCUCUCGAGGCAAACGAAUGGGGCCAAGCCUCCUCCGUCGAUGGGCUCCCAUCCGACGAAGACAGCGACAGCAAACAGACGCCAGACAGGGCGCUUGAUGACCCCGAAAAUAUGGGGUUCGGACUCGGACAAAGUGACCUCGAGACUUUGAAGAAGGCCAUCUUCGUCAAUCAAGAUUCUGAAGGACAAGACGAGAAUAGCAGAGACGAAGAGGUUGGGGAUGAAGACGUGGCUAAGGUGGAGGCCAUGAUGCGCAAGCUCCAAGCCGCGCGCGAGGCCGGCGAGACCAUGAGCGAGGCGCAGCGACGCAAAAUGGCCGCCCAGGCUGUGGAGGAAACGCUCGUUCCGAGCCAGCUGGGGGAAAAAGACACGAAAGUUACAUAA